AUCGAGCGGUUAGUCGCGACCGGCUCGCGGGCCUACGGGCUGAAGAAAUACGACGAGGCGACAGAGAACUUUGCGAAAGCGUGCGAGGAAUACGUCAAAGAGAACGGCAAGGACGAUCCAAAUCUUCUUUUUCUCUACGGACGCGCGCUGUUCCAGGUCGCGAUCUCGUCGUCGGACGUGCUGGGGGGUACCAAGCCUGCUGCUGCGGAGCCGGAGAAUGAUCUUCUUUCGAAGAAGUCGGUGAAGGCGGCUAGUCCUGAACUCGAGCCAUCCGCAAAGAUGAACGGGCUGUUUCAGUUCACCGGGGAUGCGGAGGAUGAGGAUAGCGAGGACGAGGACGAGGAGGAAGAAGAGGAGGCCGAGAAUGAUUUCGAGACGGCGUGGGAUGUACUUGAUCUCGCGCGAACGAUUUACGAGAAGCAGGUUAAACAGCUCGCGGACGGCGACGAAGCGGUGGCGGAUAUCAAAAAGAAGAUUGCAGAUAUCUUUGAUAUCCUCGGUGAAAUCUCCCUUGAAUCAGAAAACUUCAUCCAAGCAUCCCGCGACCUGCAAUCCUCGCUGGAUCUCAAACUCGCGCUGUAUCCAUUCGAAUCAACUUUUGUCUCCGAAGCCUACUUCAAGCUCUCGCUCGCGACAGAGUAUAACACCGAUAUCGAGAACCCGCGGCAGAAAGCGGCCGAGCUCGUGCAGAAGGCAAUCGAUAGCGUCAAGAAACGGGCCGCGGACGCUGGCGGCGCGGAGGAGUCUGGUAUUUUGACCGAUCUCGAGACUAGACUGCAAGACCUAACAUUCGCACCAGACCCGGCAACCACAGCAGCAGCCGCUACCCCAAUAGCAGACAUCCUAGGCGGAAACGCAGACACCAUCAAGGCGCGCCUUGCCGAAGCCUUUGCCGGCGCACAGGAUAUCUCUGGCUUGGUCAAGCGCAAACGGCCG